GCCCUUAGCAACCGACCUAGCAACGGUCGCGGAGCAGCUGCAGCUGCUGCCUCCGGCUCUUUGCCAGUCCUCUGCUGCAGCGGCUGGGCCUGGCCAAGGGAAGGACCGGCGGGGACACAGUGCGUCCCCACGGCGGCUGCAAGAAGACUAAACAUGGAUGGCAGCCGGAGAGUCAGAGCAACCUCUGUCCUUCCCAGAUAUGGUCCUCCCUGCCUAUUUAAAGGACACUUGAGCACCAAAAGUAAUGCUUUUUGCACUGACUCCUCUUCUCUCAGACUAAGCACUCUCCAGCUGGUCAAGAAUCACAUGGCUGUUCACUAUAAUAAAAUCCUUUCAGCCAAAGCUGCAGUAGACUGCUCAGUUCCAAUAAGCAUGAGUGCUAGCAUCAAAUAUGCAGACCAACAACGAAGAGAGAAACUCAAAAAAGAAUUAGCACGAUGUGAAAAAGAAUUCAAAUUAACUAAAACUGCAAUGCAAGCCAAUUCUAAAAAUAAUUCCAAGUCAUUUUUAAAUACCCUACAAAAGCCCUCAGGGGAACCACAAAAUGAGCAUCAAGUGUUAUUAGAAGAAGUGCAUGGAUUUCAGUCCUUUGCAAGGUCGCUAGUACCUUCUUCAGAGAGACUAAAUUUACCUAAAUCUGAUAAAGUCUUCGUGAAUGGUACUGAGAAGAACUCCAGUUCCUCCCUGUCCAGUAUGGAUUAUAUAGCCUCUGGGCCCAGGAAACCCUGUUCUGGAACUCCAUAUGGCAGAAGGCCCAGGAGCUCAUUCCCAAAUUCCCACCGGUUUCAGCUAGUCAUUUCAAAAGCACCCAGUGGAGAUCUUCUGGAUAAACAUUCUGAACUCUUUUCUAACAAACAAUUGCCAUUCACUCCCCGCACUUUAAAAACAGAGGCAAAAUCUUUCCUGUCACAGUAUCGAUAUUAUACACCUGCCAAAAGAAAAAAGGAUUUUACAGAUCAACGGAUAGAAGCUGAAACCCAGACUGAAUUAAGCAGCUUUAAUUCUGAUUUUGGGACAGUUGAGAAUAAGAACUUGACAGAUUCUGAAGUGAACAUAAAGCAGGCAUCUAAUUGUAUAACAUAUGAUACCAAAGAAAAAAUAACACCUGUAGCUUUACAAGAGUCUGACUUCACAUGGGGCAAGAUUAAACAUGGUACUCUUCGGUAUUUCUCACCAAGGACAGUAUGUCAGUAUUCCCUGCAUUCUCCUUCAGGGAGUAAAAUCUACUCUGAUGAAGAAGAACUGUUGUACCUGAGUUUUAUUGAAGACGUAACUGAUGAAAUUUUGAAACUUGGUUUAUUUUCAAACAGGUUUUUAGAACGACUGUUUGAGCGCCAUAUUAAACAAAAUAAUCAUUUGGAGGAGGAAAAAAUGCGCCACCUGCUGCAUGUCCUGAAGGUAGACUUAGGCUGCAUGCCCCAGGAAAACUCAGUAAAGCUAAAUGAUGUUGAAAUUUUGAAUUUACUUGAUUUGAAAAAGGCUGGGAAUUCUGGAAAAAAUGAACUUAAAAAUAAGCAAGAAGUAACAAUUCAGCAGGAACGCCAAGAAUACAGAAAUGCUUUGGAUAUGUUACUGUCUGCACCAAAGGAUGAGAACGAGACUUGCUCUUCACCAAGUGAAUUUUUCAUGCCUAUCUAUAAAUCAAAGUAUUCAGAAGGGGUUAUAAUUCAACAAGUGAAUGAUGAAACAAAUCUUGAAACUUCAAAUUCGGAUGAAAACAAUCCAAGUAUUUCUGACAGUUUAAUAGAUCAGGAAACUUCUGUGAAUGUCCUUGAAGGUGACAGUGAUACUGAAAAGAUUGAGACUUCAAAUGAAUUAUGUUGUCUUGACCCACCAUUCUCCCAAUCUGUUCAGUUCUCUGGUGUCAAAGGUGACAAUAAUCAUGACGUGGAAUUACCAACGCUUAAAAUCAUGGAAAUGAGCAUUGAGGACUCCCCUGUGGAUACUUGAUCUUCAUUAAUAAAUACCUCAAGUGGCCAGUAACUCAA